AUGAAGACUGUUAAUGAAAAAGAUUCAUGGAUUAUUCUUUAUCGUAUCUUAGGCAAUGAUCUUCCUCCUCGUCAUUCUCAUAAUCAAACAUUAACAAAUUUGUUAUUUAUUCUUCAAAAUGAACCCACAUUCAUUCACAUUCAAAAAAUCUGGAUUCUCAAUCGAAUUGUUUAUCACGAUCAAGAAACAAAACUAAUCGAUUUAUUGGAUAAACACAAUCAAUUUUACAUUCGAAUUCCGUUCUAUUGGCAUGAAUAUCGUCAAAUUCUAUAUAACUUUUCUCCAAAGAUGAAUAUUAAUUCAACAGAUCUUUUUCACGGAGUAAAUCUUCUUCAUGAAAAGAUUCGUAUUAUCAGUAUUUUGUAUCACAAAAAGAAUUUAUAUGUGAUGAAUAAUAACGGUGCGCGAAAUUUCGCUUUAAGACAUGGAAAAUAUCAAACGAAAUCACAAUGGUUAAUGGUUUUCGAUGGCAAUUGCUUUCUUUCACAACGAGGUUUUGAUCAGAUUGUUGAAUCAUUACGUGUGAAUGGUUCAUAUGUGAAAUAUUUCAUUGUUCCAAUGUCUCGAUUAAUUGAAAACGAGAAGAUUUUUCAAAAAGAAACAAACUUAGCCAACGAAGAACCACAAAUUAUCUUCCGACGAGAUUCAACAGUGGAAUUUCUAGAAACAUUGCGAUAUGGUCAUCGACCUAAAGAAGAACUUUUGGUUUAUUUAGGUGCAUACAAGUUCCAUUCAAGUUUUUCUCAACAACGAAAGCCAUUGUUAAUGAAUGGAACAAAUUUUCAAUAUACUGGUUUUGUUUUUCGUCUCUAUUCAGGAUUUAACCCAAACAAUGAACGUUUCAUACUUGAUCGAACAUGUACUCGAUUUCAAGGUAUUAUGUUUUUCCUUGAAAAACUCGAUAAACAUAUAAAUCACCAUGAUAUUCUUCCGCAAUCAUCAAAAACAGAUCGACAUCAAUGUUUAGUAUGGUCAAAUGAAUAA